AUGGCCGUAGCGAACGAGAAUAGUGAAGAGUCAAAGUCGUCCAUAAGUGCGUACGCAUCGGUUGUAGCGGACGAUCGUAUUUUAUUAACAACAGCGAUAAUAUUAUUGCGCGACGAUACGGGUAAUUUAGUACCCGGGAGGGUACUACUAGACUCGGGGUCGCAGAGUAAUUUAAUUACUGAACAGAUGGUUCAAAUUUUACGAUUGAAGAAAAGGCGAGUUCAUCAUAAUUUAUCGGGAAUCGGAGAUAGCGCGCAGACGGUGUCGUCGRUAGUGAAUACGACAAUCAGGUCAAAUUAUAGCGAGUUCACACUAUCAACGUCGUUUCUGGUAGUAAAACGAAUAACAAMAAAUAUACCAUCGAAAUUGURUAAAGGAAAUUACACGGUUCCUAAUGGUAUAAAUUUAGCGGAUCCAGCAUUUUUAAAACCACAAAAAAUAGAUUUAUUAAUUGGGGCAAAUCACUUUUUCGAUUUAAUGCAAUCUGGACGGCUUAAACCAAUAACAAACGGACCGGUGUUCCAAGAGACGUUCCUAGGAUGGGUGGUGUCAGGUCCGAUAGGGUUUCCAGAAAAAUCCGAAUAUGAACACUCGUCUAGUGCGGUAUGUUUAUCGGUCAGUGAAAUAGCGGAGACGGACUUAGAAAAAUUAAUCGCGACAUUCUGGCGGCUCGAGGAGUAUGAAGCAAAGAAAAUAUAUACUUUAGAAGAAAAAGCGUGCAAAAAUGAUUUUGACAAAAAUGUUACACGGGACGGCGAUGGCAGGUUUAUAGUGCAUUUACCGUUUAAAAAAGACAAAACUAAACUAGGAAAUUCAUACGAUAUAGCGAUGCGUCGACUAUUAUCACUCGAGAGGCGUUUCCAGAAAGACCCAAAAUUAAAGACGGAAUAUUGUAAUUUUAUGUCCGAUUAUGAAAAGCUGGGACAUAUGGAACUUAUCAACGAUGAUCAUAACGGCAGUAUCGAGGAGUCAUAUUAUAUACCACAUCACGCGGUCCGUAAUGAAAAUAGUUCGACUACGAAAUUACGCGUAGUGUUUGACGCGUCGUGUAGAACUGAUAAGGACGUCAGCCUUAAUGACGUUUUAAUGAAGGGGCCUAUGAUCCAAGAUGAGUUGUUGUACAUCUUAGUACGUUUCCGGACGUAUAAUUACGUAUUAUCAGCCGAUAUUGAAAAGAUGUAUCGGCAGAUUUUAGUUACCGAAAAGCAUCGAAGUUACCAACGUGUGUUAUGGCGAACAGAUACAACGCAACCGAUACGAAGCUACCGGCUUAAUACGUUAACGUACGGCACGGUGCCCGCUUCAUAUUUGGCAACAGCGUGUUUGGAAAAAUUGGCGGAGACUGAAUACGAAAAUUAUCCCGAUGCGUGUUUGCCAAUUACAAGAAAUUUUUAUAUGGACGAUUAUCUCGGUGGCGCCAUGUGUAAACCGGAAGCCAUAAAAUUGCGAGAUAUUGUUAAUGCAAUUAUUGCGCAAGUGGAUGUCCGACGAUAA